AUUUUACAGUUUCACAAUAAUAAUAAUAAUAAUUAAUAAUAAUAUUCUAACCUAAAAUAUCACCGCCGCAAGUUACCCUUCUAUUUCUUGUCGCCACCGCAAAAUUCCAGUUUCGCAAAUUCAAACCUAAUCGGAGAGUUUACGAUUCAUCAAAACAACCAAAGAGUAGAAAAAACAAUGGUGAACCAGAUCGAACAGACGAAGAUGAUGUGGGGAGAAUUGGAAGAAGACGAGAAUCUCGAUUUUCUUUUACCGCCAUGUGAUGUGAUAGGACCUGAUGAAAACGGAAUCAAAAAAGUUAUUGAAUACAAAUUCGAUGAUGAUGGUAAUCAGGUUAAGAUUACAACAACCACUCGCACUCGCAAAGUUGCUAACGCGCGUGUUAGUAAACGCGCCGUUGAACGUCGCUCUUUGCCUAAGUUUGGAGAUGCUGUUCAGGAAGACGUUGGUAGCCGUCUUACUAUGGUUUCUACUGAAGAGAUCGUUCUUGAACGCCCUAAGCCGAUUGGUUCCCAAAAGGAGGUGGCAACGGCUGACCCACUUGCUACAACAGGUGCUGUUCUUAUGCAGUGCAGGAAUUGUGGGAAGAAGGGUGACCAUUGGACUGCAAGGUGUCCAAACAGAAUCUCACAACCAGAUGAGGUAUUCGUUGAUAAUGAUAAGCCUGCAACAUCAAAUGCGCCUGGUUCCGGUUCGGGUAAGUAUGUACCUCCUUUCGCUCAACCUGGUGCAGGUAAGACACCAUCAGACAUAAGGCGGAGGAAUGAUGAGAAUUCUGUGCGGGUAACCAACCUCUCGGAGGACACUACUGAGCCUGAUUUGCAUGAAUUAUUCCGUCCUUUUGGUUCUGUCAGCAGAGUCUAUGUUGCUAUUGAUAAAACUACUGGCAUGAGUAGGGGGUUUGGCUUUGUCAACUUUGUCAACAGGGAAGAUGCUCAGAAAGCUAUCAGCAAACUCAAUGGAUAUGGCUACGACAAUCUCAUUCUGAAAGUUGAAUGGGCCACCCCAAGAACAACCUAAAUGUCAGGCGCAUUCAAGUUUUGUCCCCUUUUCUUUAGAAUGGUAUUUUUGAAGGUCUACUAGUACCUAUUUUUGUUAUAUUUGAAUCUUGAACCAUUUGUUUCCCUUGAGAUGAUUUAUUUACUAUUUAAAAACCUUAGUAUGAUGGUUGUAUUACAUUGUUCAUAGGGUGCCAUUCUGCUCCUUUUUAUAUUACAUAAACAGAUGAUUAUGUGAAAUGUUUUUAUCAAUUUUCUUC